AUGCUGCAAUUGCGAAACUUACUCGUAAGCUGCAAAUGGGUAGUUGAGGAGGACGGUGAAGAUCAAUGUGAGGAUGAGGGUGAUGGUGAUGACGAUGAUAACACGGAGUAUGAAAGUGAUAGUAAUGACGAGGGUGACACGGAGUAUGAGGAUGAGACAACAGAGCGGAAGGAUGUGGAGACAGAGGAGAAACAAUUGGAGGAGGAUGAAAGAAGAUCAAACAGAGGGGGACCAGGAGGAGGAGAAGUCAGGCUGAUGAGGGGGAGAAACAUGCCGAGGAUGAGGAGAAGUAGGCUAAGGAGGAGGAGAAACAGGCUGAAGAGGAUCUCGACGAGGCAAUGGAAGAACGAGUUAAUACUGAACGGCAAAGCAAAAAAGAAAAUGGACACCUUUUUGGGCCAGAUUGAUCCAAUAAACGAGUCGGACGAUGAAGGCGUCGGUAGCAUACAAGACUUUAACCAACUAAUGGUCAUUGUACCGUAUAUCGCGUCUCUGGAUGUCAAGCCGGUCGAUGAGUCUGGCAGUCAGACUUUUAGUGGGGCUGCGGAUUCAUCGAUCGUACGUGUUGUUAUGGCACGUACUGAUCGGAAGAGAGAGAAAAAAAGGCUGAAUUUGUGACACCCAUAUCAACACCGUGAAUAAAGAGAGCCAGAAAAACUGGGAGGGCUAAAGGAAAAUCAAUGGCCGAUGUUGUAGAUGAGCAAAUACCUACGGUAUGAUUAUCUUCAUUGUUGGUUCAAGAACUAUUUGUUGUCGGCGAGGAUGGGGAUUCAGACGCUACAUCUAGAACAAACGAUGAAGUAAAAAAGUGGGAGAUAUAUCAAAAUAAUGACAACUAUUGUAUGGAAAGGGACACUAUAUGAGGAUGAGACAAAUACUAUUGGACAAUUUCUCGUGUCCUUCGUCGUCCGGGACAAUGUAUGACAGACAGGCAUCGUGUUUGUCUCGUCCGAUUCGGUGCUAGAACUGUUGUUCGAUGAAGCUAUCAAAGGCGAGGUGAUUGACGCAUACCUUCAAUAUUUAUACAACACUGAAUACCAGCUUCAGCACAACCUGCAGGUGCGCUGUGGGUGUGUGCCCAUGGUUUGUAUUGGUGAUUAUCUUAUUUGAAAUUUUUACGGUUAAUAUUAUAAAACAUACUGUUAUUAUUGUGUUAGUGGCUUUGUUAGAUUUUCAGAAAGCCGUGAACGAUGGGCUAUCACCCAACGUCUAGAGGAUAAAAAAAGCCGACCAUUAAUAAGGGUAAUUGACCAUAUGCAAGGAGAUCGCCGCAAUAAUAGACAAAAUUCGAGUUGGAUGCCAAUAUAUAAAUUUUCCGGUGCACAACGGUUCCAUUGGCAUCUCUGCAUGUUGGAUAACAUCAGUUGGGUGGUGUUGGAGUGUAAUUCUUUAUGCGAUCCCUUCGGCCAAGGGAACACAAAGAAAAUGGCGCGUCUUUGCAAUAACUAUAAUU